AUGAAUACAUCCCAAUGUUUUCAUUUAGAAUGGAUCGAUAUUGGUAAUAUGAGCCAAUCACGAGAGUUUUUUGCAUCAACCUUAUUAGCAAAUGGAUCAGUGUUAGUUACUGGCGGAUCGAAUCUUGAAAACAUUGACGUUCGUAAAAGUGCCGAGUUGUACGAUCCCUCGACAAGAAUUUGGACACCAAUUGGUAAUAUGAUAUAUGGUCGACAGGCGCACACAACACUCUUAUUAACAAAUGGAAAAGUGUUAGCUACUGGUGGAGUGGUUCCUGGUAUUCUUGAAAAUAGUUGUGAGUUAUACAAUCCAUCCACUGGAGCUUGGACCAGUACUAGUAGUAUGAUUCAUCCAGUAGAACUGUAUACAGCAUGCUUAUUAACAAAUGGACAAGUGCUAGUUACUGGUGGAUGGGAAUUUUUUAGUGUUAAAAGUCAAAGCACUGCUGAAUUGUACGAUCCAUCGAGAGAUAUUUGGACCACUACUGGUAGCAUGUACCAUGCACGAAAGGGUCACACAGCAUCCUUAUUAAAAAGCGGAGAAGUAUUAGUUGCUGGUGGAUCGAGCAAUCGUACUUCUUUAGACAGUGCUGAGUUAUACAAUCCACUACUGGGAACUUGGACCAUUGCUAGAAGUAUGAACCAGGGCCGAGAAGGUCACAUAGCAUCCUUUUUAACAGAUGGAAAAGUAUUAGUUAGUGGUGGAGCGAACAACGGUACUAUUUUGAACAGUGCUGAGUUGUACAAUCCAUUGACAGGAAUGUGGACAACCACUAGUAGAAUGAAUCAUCGACGAAAGAGUCACACAGCAACCUUAUUAAAAAAUGGAAAAGUACUAGUUACUGGUGGACAGAUAUUUGAUAGCCACAAAUCUGAAAGCAGUGCUGAGUUAUAUGAUCCAUCGAGUGACAUUUGGACAACUACUAGUAGUAUGAACCAUGGACGAAGAGAUCACACAGCAAUCUUAUUAACAAAUGGAAAAGUAUUAGUUACUGGUGGAAGCAACGAUCCCAUUACUUUAAAUAGUGCUGAGUUAUACGAUCCAUCAACAGGUUUUUGGACAACUACUGAUACUAUGAUUAGUGAACAACUAAAACAUGCUGAGUCGAAACCAAAAAAUGCAAACGUAUUGGGUAGUAGUGAAUGA